CCAGCACCUAUGACCCACUGCUGUUGCUGCCACCAUGCUCAAGAGAAAGGCCGAAGGGGAUGCUAAAAGAGAUAAAGCCAAGGUGAAGGACGAACCACAGAGAAGAUCUGUGAGGUUGUCUGCUAAACCUGCUCCUCCAAAGCCAGAGCCCAAGCCUAAAAAGGCCCCUGAGAAGGUACCCAAAGGGAAAAAGGGAAAAGCUGAUGCUCGUAAGGAGGGGAAUAACCCUACAGAAAAUGGAGUUGCCAAUAAAGACCAGGCCCAGAAAGCUGAAGGUGCUGGAGAUGCCAAGUGAAGUGUCUGCAUUUUUGUUAAC